CUUGUGGCCAUUUGAUCCUGGUAGAUUGAGUAGGAGCGAUCGCUUCUACCUCCAGACACCAUGCCCAAGUUUGUUCCCCGUCAGCGGAAGCAGAAACACCGGCAGCAGGCGGAGUCAACCGCCGGGAUAGAUACCAAUGCUGCCGAAAUUUUGCCCGUCUCCAAAAGUGAGAAGGAAGCCAAGCGACAGAAGCUGAAGGAGGAAUUGAAGUCGCAGAACCCUACCAUAUCCUCCAAGAAACAGAAGCGCCUGGAUAAGUAUAUUGAAACAAAAUUGAAGAAAGAGGAGAACAUUGAACUGUUGAAGAAGCUCGCGCAAAGCAAGGUCGACACCUCUGCUCUCCAGAGCACGAAGGAACUCGGAAAGCGCAAGAGGCCUGAUGAGAGACCGCCCCGGCCCACGACUACGGACCGUAAUGCCUCUCACGUCGACUAUUCGUCCGGUGACGAGACGGACGAUUCGCUACCUCCGGCCAAAUCCAUUGCCAUCGCGAGUACAUCUGCAGAGUCCCAGGCAGUGGGCAGCGGCUUGAAACGCCCACUCGAACUCGGACCUGAUGGGUUCCCGAUCCUCAAGAAGCGGAAACGCGCGCCCAAGAAGAAACCGAUAAUCACGAUAUCUAUGCCCGAGGUUCCUUGGGACGGAUUUGGAUCAGAUGACGAGGGCGAGGAGGAGGAUGAGGUUGAGGAGGAUGAGGCCGAUCAAGAACACUCCGGAGAAGACUCAGCUGCAACUUCAGAGGAUGAUACAAGUGAAGAUGGCAGCGGCAGCGGGAGUGACGAAGACGAGGACGAGGACGGAGAAAGCAACGAUGAUGAUGAAGAGGAGGAUGAGGAGGAGGAAGAUGACGAUGAAGACGAAGAGCAUACAGACAAAACUAAGUCGCGGCUGUCCGCGUUCAAGGAUUGGGCUCGGCAGCAAAUCAAUGAAGCCGUGGGAUUCACGCCUGCGACCGUCCCAGUUGUCGCCGAACCGAUGCCGUUUAUCCCUGAAUCAAAGAGACCAGUAAGGAACACAGUCUAUGUGGAAGAGCCGCUGCCUCGAGAGCUGCAGGUCACUACUGGAGAUCCCAACCGGAAGGCCUUCAGCGUCCAAGUCAAUCGUUCCGAGGAAAUUCAGCAGGCACGUCUAGGCCUGCCUGUUGUCGGGGAGGAGCAGAAGAUUAUGGAAGCCAUCUACAACAACCCUUCGAUCGUGAUUUGGGGUGCUACUGGUAGCGGAAAAACCACCCAGCUACCCCAAUUCCUGUUCGAAGCAGGCUAUGGCCAUCCUGACGGACCUAAUCCUGGAAUUAUCGCUGUUACCCAGCCGCGACGAGUUGCUGCUGUCAGUAUGGCGAAACGUGUAGGCGAUGAGCUGGGUCAAUUUUCCGACCGUGUGUCUUAUCAGAUUCGAUUCGACAGCACAGCAACCAGCAAAACCGCCGUCAAAUUCAUGACGGACGGUAUCCUCAUCCGAGAGAUCGCUGAAGACUUCUCAUUGAAGAAAUACUCUGUCAUCGUGAUCGAUGAAGCCCAUGAGCGUAGUGUCAACACAGAUAUCCUCAUUGGCAUGGUGAGCCGAAUCGUCGAUCUUCGGAAAUCGAUGAGCGAGGAAGACCCGUCUGUCAAGCCUUUGAAACUGGUGAUCAUGUCUGCUACUCUGCGCAUUUCCGAUUUCACGCAAAACCCCAGUCUAUUCCGCCAAGGACCGCCACCAUUGGUGCAGGCUGAGGGUCGUCAGUACCCCGUCACCAUUCAUUUCUCCAGACGCACCCACCGCGAUUAUGUCGAAGAGUCUUUCCGCAAAGUGUCGCGCGGCCAUCGCAAAUUGCCUCCAGGCGGAAUUCUUGUAUUCCUGACAGGACAGAACGAGAUCCGUCAACUUUCCAAGCGGUUGAAGCAGGUCUUCAAGCCUACUCAGCGAGCAGACACCACCCAGGUGAAGGUCCAGAUAUCGGCCAACGAUGCGCCAUUGGAGACGGAAGAUCUGGAAAUCGGCGGUGCCGAUUUGUCCGUUCCUGGCGGCGAAGUAGAUGACGAAAGUGACUAUGAGAUCACUGGUUUGGAUGAGCCGGACGAAGAAGACGAAGAAUUUGAUCUGGGCGAAGAGGCCAUGAGCUCCACGACUCGGGUCCACGUGUUGCCCCUGUACUCUCAACUUCCGACCAAGGAGCAGCUCAAGAUCUUCGAAGAGCCACCAGAGGGCUCGCGUCUCAUUGUUCUGGCCACCAACGUGGCGGAGACCAGUUUGACGAUCCCUGGCAUCAAGUAUGUGUUUGACUGCGGCAGAGCUAAGGAGAAGCAAUAUGAUCUGUCUACCGGAGUGCAGAAGUUCCAGAUUGAAUGGAUCAGCAAGGCUAGUGCAAACCAGCGAGCAGGUCGUGCUGGUAGAACUGGACCUGGCCACUGCUACCGCCUCUAUUCGUCCGCGAUCUACGAGAACGAGUUUGCCGAGUACACCGACCCCGAAAUCCUGCGCACGCCGAUUGAAGGUGUCGUGCUGCAGAUGAAGAGCAUGGGUCUGCAUAACGUUAUCAACUUCCCCUUCCCCACGCCCCCUAGCCGGCAAGGCUUGGCCAAGGCCGAAAAGCUGCUGAAGAAUCUGGGGGCCCUGACAUCGGAGGGCAAGAUCACCCAGAUCGGUAACCGGCUCUCUACCUACCCUCUGUCUCCUCGAUUCGGCAAGAUGCUGUACGUUGGCCACCAGCACGGCUGCAUGCCGUAUGUGAUCGCCCUCGUCGCUGCUCUGGCAGUGGGCGACCUCUUUGUCCCUCAGAGUCAGAUCGAUCCCGUGUCAUCGAAAUCCAACGAGGACGAAGGUGUGUACACCAACGCGGACCGGCUCGAGGACACGGCGCGGGAGCAACGCCACAAAGACUACGCGCGGGCUCAUCGUCUGUUCAGCAAGCAUGACGAUACAUCUGACGCGAUGAAAUACCUGUCCGCGAUCUGCGCCUACGGAUACGCCUCCGACGGGGAUUCGUUCUGUGAGAAGAUGUUCCUGCGCGCCAAGGCCUUCAAGGAAGCCACCCAGCUCCGCCGUCAACUCACAGAUAUUGUGCGCACCAACAACCCCGGUCUCGUCGGUGCCUAUCAGGCGCGUCUGCCGGAGCCCUCGGAGAAGCAGGUUAAGGCUCUCAAGCAGAUCAUCACGGCGGGUUUCAUCGACAACGUGGCACUCCGCGCCGAUCUCGCGCCUGUACCUCCGGAGAUGGCCCGGACGCCCAAGCGAGCCAUCGACGUCCCGUACUUCACGCUCAUGCGGUCGCGCGAGGGCCCGGGCUUGGAGCUGAACGAGAAGUGCGUCUAUGUGCAUCCCUCGUCCAUCCUCGCGCAGAUGUCCGCCAAGGAGAUGCCGCAGUACAUUGUCUACUCCCACCUCCAACAAUCUUCUCCGUCGGUGGUGGCGGCCGAGCAGACCCCCAAGAUCCGGAUGUAUCCCCUGGCGACUCCCAGCGGACUGCAGCUCUCCGCCAUCGCCCACAACACGCCGCUGAUCGAGUACGGGAAGCCGAUCGGCAAGGCGGAGACGAUCGAGGGGAUCCCCGAGCGCCGCUCAUGCUGGGUGAUCCCGUCGCUGGUAGGCGAGGCCGGUGGUCCAAGGUGGCCUUUGCCGGCGAAGAAGGUCAUCCAGAAGAAGGAUCCCAAGGAGGGGUGGGUGAUUGAGAAGUUUGUUACUUGA